AUGGCCACCCCCCCAACAACCUCCUCCGCCAGCGCUCUAGCGCGCACUGUCUCCCGCGCUGGCGCCCUUAUGACCGCCGGGUCCGUCGGCUUCACUCCGCGCACGCACUACGAAGUCUCCCUCAACAUCCCGCGCUCCUACUACCUCGGCCACCACCACGCCGGCUUGAACAAAAUGCGCCAGUCCCUCACCAACGUCGGCCUCAUCAUCGAAUGCCGCGACUUCCGCCUCCCCAUCACCUCCUGGAACCCCCUCAUCGAGCAAAGCCUGGGGUGUGCGGCUGAGGAGGAGAGGGCGAGGAUUAUCGUCUAUACGAAGAGAGACCUCGCCCCGGAUACGGAGCAGACAAAACAGGUCGCGCAAUAUCUCCGCGAAUUCUACACCCUCCCCCCUCCCAAUUCUGGGGUUCCCUAUCCCCCGGAACUGCGUCGUCAUGCGGCGAGGGCAGUCCUCUUCCUCGGCUCCGGCCGCACGCCGUCCCAUUCUUCAUCUCUUUCCCCGCUGCUGGAAAUCAUCAAACACUACGCCAUCUCGCGCGACUCCCUCACUGGGCUGCGGUGCAUGGUCGUGGGUAUGCCCAACGCCGGCAAAUCAACCCUCCUUAACCGUCUCCGGGGCCACGGCAUGGGGCGGUUCAAAAAAGCGGCACAAACCGGCGCCCAACCAGGCGUGACGCGCAAGCUGGGCACACCCGUGCGCAUACUGCCCGGCGAAGACAUGGAAGGCGGCGAGCCGGGCCUAGGCGAAGGCGUGUUCGUCGUCGACACGCCGGGGGUCUUCAUACCUUAUGUCUCCGACCCGGAGGCGAUGGUCAAGCUCGCGCUGGUGGGUUGCGUAAAGGACGGUAUCGUCCCCAAAGAGACGCUGGCUGAUUACCUCCUCGAAGGGGGCAAGCCGAACCUGGAGGCGGCAGCAGAGUGGGUGGUGCAGGAGUGGAGGAGGGGUGAUUUGGGGAAGGUAGUGCUGGAUGAGGUGACGCCAGAGACGUUGGUGAGGGCGGUGGCGAAGAGUAAGGAGGAGGUGAUCAGUCUGUCGCAGGCGAGGAAGAGGGAGAAGUUGGCACGGCUGGCGAAGAGGGAGCAGAGGUUUUUGGGGUUGGCGGCGCCGGAUGAUUUCUGA